AUGUGGGCAGCUUGCUGGGACGGACCCACAUUGCCUUCUGGCUCCGGGUGCUGGGUUUGGGCCUGCGAGUGGGGGGAGGGGAGUGUCCUUGUAGCCCUGCUCACCCUGCCCAGCCAGCUUCCUCUUUCUGCAGGAACGGUGACUUCAGAGACCCCAAGUGCUUGUGCCUCAGACCCGUGCGCUCCAGGGACCAAGUGCCAGGCCACAGAGAGUGGUGGCUACACCUGUGGGCCCACGGAGCCCCAGGGCUGUGCCACCCAGCCAUGCCACCACGGCGCUCUGUGUGUGCCCCAGGGGCCAGAUCCCAAUGGCUUCCGCUGCUACUGCGUGCCCGGUUUCCAGGGCCCACACUGUGAAUUGGACAUUGAUGAGUGCGCGUCCCGGCCCUGCCACCAUGGGGCCACCUGCCGCAACCUGGCCGACCGUUACGAAUGCCACUGCCCCCUUGGAUACACAGGCGUGACCUGCGAGGCCGAGGUGGACGAGUGCGCGUCGGCGCCCUGCCUGCACGGGGGCUCGUGCCUGGACGGCGUGGGCUCCUACCGCUGCGUGUGCGCGCCGGGCUACGCGGGCGCCAGCUGCCAGCGGGACGUGGACGAGUGCCAGGGCCAGCCGUGCGCGCACGGNNAGAAGUGCUCAGCACUGCUAGUAAUAAUAGUUUGUGCUGCUGCUGCCACAGGCAUUCCCACACCCCUCAAUGCGUCCCUCGCUCGCUGUUGAUGUCAUUCCGAGCUGUCGUCCCUGUCUGGCCCUGGGCUGGCCUGGUGACAGUGGAGGGGUGCUGCCUGGAGACCCCGUGUGACCCGACGCCCCGUGUGUGCGCCCCCAGGCUACAGUGGCGAGCGGUGCGAGGUGGACGAGGACGAGUGUGCGGCGGGCCCCUGCCAGCACGGGGGCCAGUGCCUGCAGCGCUCAGACCCGGCCCUCUACGGGGGCGGCCAGGCCACCUUCCCCGGCGACUUCAGCUUCCUUCACGCGGCCGGCUUCCUGUGCCGCUGUCCUCCCGGCUUUGAGGGGGACGACUGCAGCGUGGACGUGGAUGAGUGUGUCUCACAGCCAUGCGUCAACGAAGGCCGCUGCCAGGACCUACCCAAUGGCUUCCAAUGCCACUGUCGGGAUGGCUACACAGGCCUGACAUGCCAGGAAGAUGUGGAUGAAUGCCUAUCGGAGCCCUGUCUUCAUGGUGGAACCUGUGAUGACACCGUGGCAGGCUACAUCUGCUGGUGCCCAGAGGCCUGGGGUGGGCAUGACUGUUCUGUGCAGCUCACUGGCUGCCAGGGCCACAUCUGCCCACCGGCUGCCACCUGCAUCCCCAUCUUCGAGUCUGGGGUCCACAGUUAUGCCUGCCGCUGCCCACCAGGGACCCAUGGACCUUUCUGUGGCCAGAACACCACUUUCUCUGUGGUGGCCGGGAGCCCUGUGCAGGCUUCGGUGCCUGCUGGUGGCCCCCUGAGUAUGGCACUGCGGUUUCGCACCACGCUGCCUGCUGGGGCCUUGGCCAGUCGCAGUGACACCCAGGACAGCUUGGAGCUGGCACUGGGGGAGGCCACACUGCAGGCCACACUCUGGAGGCACGGCACCACUGUGCUUGUCCUGAGACUGCCAGACCUGGCCCUAAAUGAUGGCCAUUGGCACCAGGUGGAGGUGGUACUCCACCUAGGCACCCUGGAGCUGCGGCUAUGGCACGAGGGCUGCCCUGCCCGGCUCUGUGUAGCUUCGGGUCCUGUGGCCCCAAUUCCCACGGCCUCGGCAGCCCCGCUGACUGCUGGGCUCUGCUCUGCCCAGCUGGGUGGCACGGCCUUUGCAGGCUGCUUCCAGGACGUUCGCGUGGAUGGGCACCUCCUGCUGCCCGAGGAUCUCGGGGAGAAUGUCCUCCUGGGCUGUGAGCGCCAUGAGCAGUGCCAGCCUCUGCCUUGUGCCCACGGAGGGGCCUGCGUGGACCUGUGGACUCACUUCCAUUGCCACUGUCCCCGGCCUCACAGUGGCCCCAUGUGUGCUGAUGAGGUUCCAGCUGCCACCUUUGGCUUGGGGGGCACCCUGAGCUCUGCCUCCUUUGUGCUCCACGAGCUGCCGGGCCCCAACCUCACCGUGUCCUUCCUCCUCCGCACGCGGGAGCCUGCAGGACUGCUGCUCCAGUUUGCCAACGACUCAGCAGCCAGCCUGACAGUAUUCCUGAGGGAGGGCCAGAUCCGGGCGGAGGCGCCGGGCAGUCCUGCUGUGGUGCUCCCCGGGCGCUGGGAUGAUGGCCUCCGCCACCUGGUGACGCUCAGCUUCGGGUCUGACCAGCUGCAGGACCUGGGGUGGCAGGUGCAUGUGGGCGGGAGACUCCUCGCUGUUGACACCCAGCCCUGGGGCGGGCCCUUCCGAGGCUGCCUCCAGGAUCUGCGACUCAACGGCCUCGUCCUCCCCUUCUCUCCCCUGCUGCUGGAGAACUCAAGCCAGCCCCAGGAGCUGGGCGCCGGGCAGUUCCGGAAUGUCACCGUGGGCUGCGUCUCCGAGGACAUGUGCAGUCCUGACCCCUGUCUCAAUGGUGGGACUUGCCUUGUCACCUGGAAUGACUUCCACUGCACCUGCACUGCUAACUUCACGGGUCCCACGUGUGCCGAGCAGCUGUGGUGCCCUGGCCAGCCCUGCCUCCCUCCCGCCACCUGUGAGGAGGUCCCCGAUGGCUUUGUCUGUGUGGCCGAGGCCACGUUCCGCGAGGGCCCCCCCGCCGCGUUCAGCGGGCACAACGUAUCGUCGGGGCGCUCGCUCAGCGGCCUGUCGCUCGUCUUCCGCACGCACGCGCGCCCCGACGGCCGCUUCGAGUGCCGCUGCCCGCCCGGCUUCGCGGGCCCGCGCUGCAGGUUGCCUGUCCUGCCCGAGGAAUGCAGCCUGAACUUCACCUGCCCCAAUGGAGGCCCCUGUGAGGGCGGGCCCCGUGGCACCAACUGCAGCUGCCAGGAGGGCUUCGCUGGCCGGAGGUGUCAGAACCCCACCCUCCCUUGUGAAGUCAACCCCUGCUUGAAUGGGGGCACCUGCCGGGCAGCUGGUGGGGUGUAUGAAUGUACCUGCAGCGCCAGAUUCUCCGGCCAGUUCUGUGAAGUGGUGAAGGGCCUGCCCCUGCCGCUGCCGUUCCCGCUGCUGGAGGUGGCAGUGCCUGCAGCCUGUGCCUGCCUCCUCCUCCUCCUCCUGGGCCUCCUCUCAGGGAUCCUGGCAGCCAGGAAGCGCCGCCAGUCAGAGGGCACCUACAGCCCGAGCCAGCAGGAGGUGGCCGGGGCCCGGCUGGAGAUGGACAGUGUCCUCAAGGUGCCGCCCGAGGAGAGACUCAUCUAG